AACAUGGCACCAAUGGUUCAAAGCAUUGACCCUGAGGACCUCUUCACACGUCGAUGUGUUUGGGUGAAUGGACCUGUGAUAGUAGGUGCUGGUCCCUCAGGUCUUGCAGUGGCUGCAGGUCUCAAAGACCAAGGUGUUCCUUUCAUCAUCCUUGAGAGAGAAAACUGCAUAGCCUCUCUUUGGCAAAACCGCACCUAUGAUCGCUUAAAGCUUCACCUCCCAAAACAGUUCUGUCAACUACCCAAUUUCCCUUUCCCUGAGGAUUUCCCUGAAUACCCAACAAAGUUUCAGUUCAUAAACUACCUUGAGUCCUAUGCCAAGCACUUCAACAUAACCCCACACUUCAAUGAAACAGUGCAAUCUGCUAAGUAUGAUGAAACCUUUGGGUUGUGGAGGGUUAAGACCAUUAGGAAGAAAGGGCCUUGUUUAGGUGAGAAUAGUGAGGUUGAGUACAUUUGCAGGUGGCUUGUGGUUGCCACCGGUGAGAAUUCUGAGAAAGUGGUGCCUGAGUUUGAAGGGUUGCAAGAGUUUGGUGGCCAUGUUGUGCAUGCUUGUGAUUAUAAAUCAGGGGUGGGUUAUACUGGAAAGAGAGUGCUUGUUGUUGGGUGCGGAAAUUCAGGCAUGGAAGUGUCACUUGAUCUGUGUAACCACAAUGCAAGCCCAUCAAUGGUUGUUAGAAGCUCAGUUCACGUGUUGCCCAGAGAAGUUUUUGGAAGAUCUACUUUUGAGCUUGCAGUUAUGUUGAUGAAAAGGCUACCUCUUUGGAUGGUUGAUAAGAUAUUGCUGAUUUUGGCACGUUUGAUUCUGGGGAAUGUUGAAAAGUAUGGUCUUAAAAGGCCCUCAGUGGGUCCUUUAGAGCUCAAACACACUGCAGGGAAGACUCCUGUGUUAGACAUUGGGGCACUCAAGAAAAUUAGAUCUGGCCAAAUCAGAGUGGUUCCUGGAAUCAAAAGGUUCAUGCCAGGGAAAGUGGAACUUGUUGAUGGCAAGGUUCUUCAGAUUGAUUCUGUGGUUCUUGCUACUGGGUAUCGUAGCAAUGUGCCAUCAUGGUUGAAGGAGAAUGAGUUCUUUUCCAAUGAUGGGAUUCCAAGAAACCUAUUUCCAAUUGGGUGGAAAGGCAAAGUUGGUCUUUAUGCUGUGGGAUUCACAAGGAGAGGCCUGUCUGGUGCCUCUUUGGAUGCAAUUAAUGUGUCUCAUGACAUUGCCAAGAGCUGGAAAGAAGAAACAAGACAGAAGAAGAAAACAGUGGCUGCACGCCAUAGGAGAUGCAUAUCACACUUCUAA